CCUGCGUCCCCCCCCCUCACUUAGCAACGGGCUUUCAAGGGCGACGCCGGACGGGAAAGGGGAGUUUGCGCUCUUAUUAGCGCAUUGCGCGGCCACGGCGAAACUAGCGGCAAAACUGCUUUGAACGCCAGCAAGCCAAGUUUCCGUCCCAGCAACGGCGCGGGGAGACGUCGAGGGGCAGGAGCUCGAGGAGGGAGGAAGAAAGUGAUGAGCGGAAGAGAUCUGCAUGCAUUUAGUACACACUACAGAGCAGAAGAUGCAGAAAAACUGACACUUCGGAUGAAAAAUGGUCUGGGCAGCACAGAGUACAAACCGGCUGAGUAUGAAAAACUACAAGCCAUUGUUGACGCCAAGCGCCUGGAGUCUGAUCUAAUUCGACAAAAGGUUGAGAAGACGCGCUGUGCAGCCAAGGCAACCAAGGAGAGCUCCAUAUUACGGCAGCACAAACAGGUGUGGAGCAGAGAGUGCUCCAGGCUGCAAAAGGCUGAAGAGAAGGCUGAGGAUGAGAUUCGAGAUUUUCUUGACCGGAUCAGGCCAACUAACACAAGAGACACUGCCGUCUUCUCACUUCAGGAGUAUGAGUUAUUUCUAGAGCAGGACCGAGAGGCAUUCAGGACGGCUACCGUGGAGCCUGUUAAUCAGCUUAGAGAUGACCUCUGCUUCAGACUGGGUGAAGUACAAAACUACCAGCACGCUGCCCAUCCGUCGAACUGGGAACAAGUAAUGCAACAGGUGCAAUUUGUGAAGGACCAGCAAGAUAGCAUAACAGCAAAACUGGAUGCUGAGCGCUUGGCGUUGGAGGGGGAGAUCACGGGCCUUGACUUGGAGAAAUACCUUAGUGCUUUGGAUACUAUGGUAAAUAUGGAACAUGUUCCAGAGGAGGUUUUGGGUUCAGAAUGCCCAUACCCGGAGCUGAAGGAGUCCCUGAUCCAGGCCUACCACACCCUGUCAGAAACGUACCACAGCAGGAUGCAGAGCCUGCAGGAGCAGCUGGUCAGAACCGACAGAUUUUGUGGCUGGCAUCCGGAUGAACACCAGCGCUUUCAGUUCGCCUUGUCGCUGUACACCCCUGACCUGCCCUGCCACAGGGCGCUCUGCAUGGACAUGCUGCAAAGACUGUUCCCUGGAAAAACUAGACAAGAGCUGAUGGAGCACGGGCGCGCGUGGGACUGGCAGUGCUUCACCCAGACUCAGCUGAGAGCGCUGCAGCAACAGUGGCGACGGGACCGGGAGGAGCUGCUGGCCAGAGCCCUGGUCACCCUGCAGGAGGCGAGGCAUGCCCACCAGGAGGAGCUGCAGCUCCACAGAGGCCGCCGGCUCCAGCAGGACACCUGCUCGCAUCUCAGAGACAAACUGCAGCAGUGGCGCGCCCAGCAGGAGGAGGUGGCGGCGCUGGAGGCGGCCGUGGCCGCCAGACAGCGAGAGGAGGAGGAGGCCAGGAUGAAGAAGGAGAGGGAGAGGGAGGCCUCCGUCCGGUCGCAGCAGAAGGAGAAAGUGAGGCAGUUUAAUUUGAAGCAGCAGGAAAGGAGGGAGGCGCUGAAGCAGAGGGAUCAAGAGAGACUCGCUGAUUUGAGGAGCAUCAUGGAGGAGCAGGCGAAGCGAGAUAAAGAGAGGGUGCAGUUUCGGGCCGACGCGCUCCAGCGACGCAGAGAGGAGAGAGAGGAACAGGAGCGUGAGCGGCAGAGAGACGAAGAGGAGAGACAGAAGCGUCUGGAAGCGCUCAGAAACCGGGUUAGGGUGGUGGCAGGUGCAGACCCAGAGAGGAUGAUGGCCGACACAGAGGCUUGGAGGACUCGACAGCUGACUGUGCAGGAGUUUGAACUUCAGAGGCCCCUUUACAGCAUUAAUACCUACACAGACACACAGAUUGCGUUGGAUCCAAGAGUGCGCCUUGAAUGUGCUUUGCGGGACGCUGGUCUGCACCACGGCCAGUACGCCAAAGAGGUUCUGUCUGUUAUUAAGCCUCCUAAACCUCCACGGAGAGACACCAAAUCUAUGCUCAAAUUCUGACCAAAUAUGUUAUAGAUCCAGUAUUACACUUAAUAUAAAAUGUAGAUAUUUUAUUACUAUGUCAAGAGGUUAAGAUAACAGCAGCUGAUAUCCACCACGCAGCAUCUUUUAUUGUAGUUUUAUUGUUUGAGCAAUGCAAUUUAAUACAUUGUCUUAGAGUGAUGAUAAACAUUUGAUUGGAAUAAAAUGACAUCUCAAAGUA